AUGUAUACAGUAUACUGCGUCUGUCUUGGACUACUCUAUGUACUGUAUAAGCGUCUCAUUCUCUCGCCUUUGAGCAAAGUGCCUGGGCCCGCGAUCGCUGCCACUACCCGACUUGUUUUGAUUUAUCACGAGUUCACUCGGAAUCGACGACGCUGGAUCCACGCACUACACAUGCAGUAUGGGCCUGUUGUGCGCAUCGCUCCAAAUGAGGUAUCCAUGGCGACCUGGGACGCCGCGAAAGAGAUCUAUGUGUCGGGAGGCAGCGGCUACGAUAAAACGUCGUUGUAUAAACUAUUCGACAGCUACGAGACAGAAUGCAUGUUCUCGACUCUUGAUAAAGCCCCCCACGGUGAACGCAGAAAGCGCGUUGCUGACAGAUACACCAAAUCGUUCGUCAUGCAACCCGAUGUUGUCACCGGUAUUCAAGAGAGAGCCCAACAAUUUGUGGCCAAAUGUACAGAAAAGACGGGAUCAGUGUCGGUCGACAUCUAUGUAUAUCUUCACUGCUACGCUAUCGACUGUACCACGUACCAUUUGUUCGAUCCUCAUGGAUUGAACUCGCUUACUAGCGCGGCUGACCUCGCCAAGGUCAUGGAGUUGUCGCACCAUGAUGAUCUCAAAGGCUCGUACAUGCAAUAUUAUUUCACUGAACUCUUCCAUUUCACUUCUCAAUUCGCUCGCCGGGCGGACCGCUCUCAGGGCAUCGCCGCCCAGAUCAUGAACAUCGUCCUGCGCAACGAUAUCGCAGAGCAUACUGUCUUGUACAGGCUACAGACGCAUGUAGACAUGCUCGACACGCGAUCAAUUGCGUCGGAAAUCAUGGACCAUACCCUCGCCGGCCUUGAUACUACUGGAGACGCACUUUGCUUCCUCAUGUACCACCUCUCAUUACCAGCUUCUGUGACAUUCCAGGAGAAGUUGCAUUACGAGCUGGCAGAAAACCCAAGCACACCGAUUGACGACUUGUCGUAUCUCGACGCGAUAGUGAAGGAGGGCCUGCGGUGCUUCUCGCCCGUUCUAACGAGUCUGCCGCGAAGGGUGCCGCGUGGCGGGCGUACAAUUGCUGGUGUUUUUCUUCCAGAGGAGACGAUCGUGAGCUGUCAGGCGUACACAUUGCACCAGAUGGAUGAGAAAGUCUUCCCUCACCCUGAGGAGUUCAUCCCCGAGCGUUGGUUGGAACCCGAGGGCAGCAUAGAGCGGAAUCAGCUGCUGUCUGCAUUCUCGACUGGCGGCCGCGGCUGCAUAGGGAAACACCUAGCUCUUCUUGAGAUGAAGAUGCUGCUGAAAGAGACGUACUCUUGCUACCGAACGUCGGUGUCACCAGAAAUGACAGCAUCAAUGGACGUAGAUGACCAAUUUGUCACCUCGCGACCCAUUGGGCGCAAAUGUCUACUCAGUUUUGUGAAGAUUGUGUAG